AUGGUCAGCCCUUGGCCAUUUGCCCAAUCGGGACUCGACCUCAUUCGACCUAUGCUUGUGGGCAAAGGCCAAGUCAAGUAUGCAGUUAUAGCUGUAAACUACUUCACCAAGUGGGCUGAGGCUGAAGCCCUAGCCAUCAUCAUUGCAACUCGCAUCGAGACAUUCGUCUGGCAGAACAUCGUAGGUCGCUUCGGCGUCCCUAACACUAUCAUCACAGACAAUGGCCGGCAAUUUGACAAUACCAAGUUCAAACAAUUUGUUCCAACCUCAAGAUCCGUCUUUGCUUUGCCUCCCCAACCCAUCCUCAGUCCAAUGGCCAGGUCAAAGCCGUGA